GGCGGGAUAGACACUCGGUUCUCGCUGAGCUUUAGGUCCGGGACUCGGGUUCCUGGAGCAGAGGCGGCCGGCUUCUCCGAGGCGGACAGUAUCAGCCAGAACAUGUCUACCAACUUGCAAUCAGUGAAAGAAUUGCUUAUUUUCUUAGGGAAAUCACUAUUUAGUGUUCUGGAGGCCCUGGUUUUUACUUUAAUCCCAAAGCCCCGGAAGAAUGUUGCUGGUGAAAUAGUGCUUAUAACAGGUGCUGGAAGUGGACUUGGAAGGCUCUUAGCCCUGCAAUUUGCCCGCCUCGGUUCUGUGCUUGUUCUCUGGGACGUGAACACUGAGGGAAAUGAAAAGACAUGCCAGAUGGUUCGGGAAGCUGGAGCCACCAAAGUGCAUACCUAUACCUGUGAUUGCAGCCAAAAGGAAGAAGUGUACAAAGUGGCUGAACAGGUAAAAAGAGAAGUUGGGGACAUUUCCAUCCUCAUCAAUAACGCUGGCAUCGUAACAGGAAAGAAGUUCCUUGACUGCCCAGAUGAGCUCAUGGAAAAAUCAUUCGAUGUGAAUUUCAAAGCACAUUUAUGGAUUUACAAAGCGUUUCUUCCUGCCAUGAUUGCUAACAACCAUGGGCAUUUGGUAUGCAUUUCAAGUUCAGCUGGAUUAGUAGGCGUAAAUGGACUAGCAGAUUAUUGUGCAAGUAAAUUUGCAGCCCUUGGAUUUGCUGAAUCUGUGUUUCUAGAAACAUAUGUCCAAAAUCACAGGGGCAUCAAAACCACAAUCGUAUGUCCAUUUUUUAUAAAAACUGGAAUGUUUGAUGGUUGUACUACUGGGUGUCCUUCUCUGUUACCAAUUCUGGAGCCUGAAUAUGCAGUAGAAAAAAUAGUGGAAGCUAUCUUGCAGGAAAAGGUGUACUUGUAUUUGCCAAAGUUUUUGUACUUCUUGGUGUUUUUGAAAAGUGUCUUACCCAUCAAGACAGGACUGCUUAUAGGUGACUAUCUGGGCGUCUUCCAAGCAAUGGAUGGCUUUGUUGGGAAAAAGAAAAUCUAGAGACCAGUUAUAUGGCUGAUAUCGUCUGAUACCCAAUGCUACUUCAUACUUACUUCAAAGAAGAAAAGUCAUGUUGUCCUAUGGUAGAAUGUAUCUGAAGAUGAAUACCAUUUGUAUUCUGCUACCUGGACCAGAGUUUUCAACUGAUAACUUUGAAAAUAAUACUAUUAUCUCCUUUGGUUGAGUUUUGUUUUUUGGUUGUUUUUUUUAAUAAUAAUAAUAAAGAUAGCCCCUUUGGGUCA